GCCCAAUUUUACAUUUAUGGGGGCACAGUCUGUGCGGAGUGUUUCUUGCUCACAGCCAUGUCCUAUGACCGGUACUUGGCCAUCUGUAGACCUCUACAUUAUACGUCACUGAUGAGCGUCCAGCUUAGAUACGGCCUGGUCCUCUCCUCCUGGGUGCUCAGCUUUAUGUUGGUGCUUAUCACACUUGUACUGUUAUGUCACUUAGACUUCUGUGGACCAAAUGUUAUUAACCAUUUCUUCUGUGAAUUUGCUCCUCUUUUAGAACUUUCUUGUUCAGACACAACCGCUGUGGGUAUAGACAUGAUUGUCCUUUCCUUUCCAUUGGUCCUGUUACCUUUCUUAUUAACAAUCCUGUCAUAUAUCUGUAUUUUUGUCACUAUUUUUGGAAUUUCCUCCACCUCCGGCCGUCAAAAAUCUUUCUCUACGUGUAGCUCUCACUUGGUGGUGGUUUCCGUCUAUUAUGGGUCCAUGCUCAUCAUCUACAUGGUCCCAUACAGAGGACACUCCCUGAGUAUUAAUAAGUUUAUUUCCCUGGUCUACAUUGUCCUCACCCCCCUCCUGAACCCUGUGAUCUACAGUCUAAGGAACCAGGAGAUUCAGGCCUCUGUGAGGAAACAUCUGAAGGUUCCAUAG